AAACGUUUGUUCUUUGCAGGUUGCCCACUGGCCAAGUCAAAGGCUUGUCACUUGGCACUGUUAUCUCCCUGGGUUCCUUACCUGUGUUUGCUGGAGGCAUAUGGUACUACCUCAAAACGAAUCCAGAGGGGCCACUGCCAGUUGCUCAGAAGCCCACCGCCGAGGAGGACCCGGAGGAGAGAGCCAUGAAGAAGAGGUUCGAGGAGUGGAUGGUGGUGCACAAACGCAGAUACAAGAACGAGGAGAAGGCACGGCGCUACGAGCUGUUCAAGGGGUGUGUCAAGCGGGUGAACGAGCUCAAUGCCGCGUCACGGCCGGGUGAAGCCCGGUACAAGCCAUACCGAUAUGCUGACUUUACCAAGGAAGAGAGGAGCAAAGUACACGGAAUCGUGGUCGAACCAUCUAUGUUCGACGAGUGGAACGAGGAGAAGAGGCGCAAAACACAAGGGGGUCAUGACGGCGGCGCCGACGAGGACGACUGGGAAGAACAGAUGCGCCUGAUACAAAGGGGUCUUCGCACUGCGGCCCUUAAUGGCAAGGCACAACGCAAAGCACAGCAGUCGUCCUGAGUGGUGAAUUAGUAUCUAUAUUAGCUUCCAUCAGUGUGUUAUAUCAAUAUAUUCCCUCAAUUCCAAAAUAUAGUACGCCCGCAUUUCCUGAGGUCUAAUUUUGACUAUAAAUUUAACCAACGAGACCGACUGCGGCGGGAGAAAAAAUUGUAUAAUUGAGAACUUGUUUCGAAUACGAAUUCACUGAUAUAACUUUUGCUCCCGCCGCA